AAGGCGCUGCACAGGGCAUGGCACAGGCAGACAGGACCCCGCAACCUGGGGCCAGCUUGAGCCCACCCCGCGUCUUCAAGCUGGUUCUCCUGGGAAGUGGCUCUGUGGGCAAGUCCAGCCUGGCUCUCCGGUACGUCAAGAACGACUUCAAGAGCAUCCUGCCCACUGUGGGAUGCGCCUUCUUCACGAAGGUGGUGCACAUGGAGUCCGCCUCCCUCAAGUUUGAGAUCUGGGACACGGCCGGCCAGGAGAAGUACCACAGCGUCUGCCACCUCUACUUCCGGGGUGCCAACGCCGCGCUGCUGGUGUAUGACAUCACCAGCAAGGAUUCCUUCCUCAGGGCUCGACACUGGCUGAAGGACCUGGAGAGCGAGUUCCUGCCAGGGGAAGUCGUGGUGAUGCUGGUCGGCAACAAGACGGACCUCAGUGAGGCGCGCGAGGUGACCUUUGAGGAGGGGAAGGAGUUUGCCGAGAGCAAAAAGCUGCUCUUUAUGGAAGCCUCGGCCAAGCUGAACCACCAGGUGACUGAGAUCUUCGACGCUGUGGCCCAAGAGCUACUGCAAAGAGAAGAGAGGGUGGACCCAACGCAGAGGGGGGACCCCCGGCUGACUCUGAACCAGGCCCCCCACCCAGGCAGGCAGGCCAAAUGCUGCGCCCGCUAGAAGCAGCC